AUGGGCAAGAAGGCUGUUCACUUUGGCGCCGGCAACAUUGGCCGCGGCUUUGUCGCCUGCUUCCUCCACAACUCGGGUUACGAAGUCGUCUUUGCCGACGUUGUGGACUCGCUCAUCGACAAGAUCAAUGCCACCCCCUCCUACAAGGUCAUCGAGGUUGGUGUCGAGGGCACCACGGAGCAAACAAUCACAAAUUACCGCGCCAUCAACUCCAAGACGCACGAGGAGGAUUUGAUUGAGGAGCUCCGGACUGCCGACAUUGCCACCUGUUCCGUCGGCCCCAACAUCCUCAAGUUCAUUGCUCCAGUUCUCGCGAAAGCCAUCGACCGCCGCUCUGAAGACGCCAACCCUCUGCACGUCAUUGCGUGCGAGAAUGCCAUCGGUGCCACCGACACCCUCGCCCAGCACAUCAAGGAUCCCACGAACACGGAUCCCGCUCGCCUCGAGACUCAUCACCUUCGCGCCCGGUAUGCCAACUCGGCCAUUGACAGAAUUGUCCCCGCCCAGGACCCCAACGCCGGCCUUGAUGUUAAGCUGGAAAAGUUCUUCGAGUGGGUGGUUGACAGGACGCCCUUUGAGGAUCUCUUUACCGUCAACACAGGCCACGCUACGGCCGCCUACGGCUACAACCGCAGAAAGCGCACCGUCUACGAUGCCCUCCAGGAUAAGGACAUCAUGGCCGAGCACGGCAUCGACGAGCAGCAGCAGACGGCGUACGUGGAAAAGAUUAUCAAGCGCAUCGCCAACCCUCACCUCGAAGACGCCGUCGAGCGUCUUGCCGAGAAGGGCCAGUCCAUCAAGUACCUGCUCGAUGCCGUUGAGAUGUGCUUCCGUUUCCAGAACGUGGAGGAGGAUGAAGAGUCCAAGGAACUGGCUAAGAUCAUGUCGGAGAGCAAACCGGAGGACAUUGUUGCCAAAGUCUGCGGGGUCCAAACGUCUGAGAAGAUUUACCCGCAGCUUGUCGAGGUGUCGUCAAACAAACGGCGACCGGGUCCCAAGAUUUGA